AUGGUGCCCUUGGGCCCGCACCCGGUGGCGGGGGCCGUGCUGGUGGGCGCGCUGUGGGGCUGCACGAACCCACUGAUCAAGCUGGGAACGGCCGCCGCCGAGGAGUCGCGCCGGCCUUCGGGCGGCGUGGGCCCCCUGGCGCAGUGGGCGGCCCUCCUCAGCACCCCCGCCUUCUUGAUACCCCAGCUGCUCAACGCCUCCGGCUCCAUCCUGUUCACGCUGCUCCUUGCGGCCUCGGACCUCUCGCUCCUGGUGCCCCUGGCGAACGCCACUGCCCUGGCCCUGAACGCCGUCGUGGACUGGAGGCUGGGGCAGGCGUAUAGGCCGGGGCGCAUGUGCGUGGGACUGGCAUGUGUGCUGGCCGGAGGCGCGCUGUGCGCCACGGCGGCGUGA